AUGGGCCCUAUCGAGUUGAACAAGCGACGCAUCAUCUUGCUCAUCGCCAGUAUAUUGGCCUUCUACAUUGUGUUUCACGGCCUUUCACCGUCUAGUGGCGACCUCCAGGAUGUCGCCUCCCACAUACCUAUCCCAGGCCAUUUGAAUCCUACCGAGCAUAAACUACCCCCUUCAGCGCCCGAUCCAGACACGAUAUGGGACUUGGGUCCCGAUCCUUCUCCUACACUCGAACCUGAGCCUGAGCCUGAGCCUGAGUCUGAGCCGGAACACGAAUUCGACCCUGAGAAACCCACCCCAAAACCCACUCAACCUGUCGAGCACUUCGAUUUACAUCCCAUUGCGCAGUUGAUGCAAGAGGCCGAUGAGCAGUGGCGGAACUACGAGACAGGAAUUUCAACAACAUUUAGGCAGACAGUGGAAAAAUACAGAAGCAAAUAUGGCAGACAUCCCCCUCCAGGGUUUAAAGAAUGGUACAAGUUCGCACGAAAGAGGAACGUUUUCAAUAUCGAUGAUUUUGAACAAAUCAUGGACGACCUCCGGCCCUUCUGGGCAAUCAAUGCGUCCGUGAUCCGCAUUCACGCAGCCCAUAUGUGGGAGAACCCCGAUUUUGGUGUAUCGGUCAUUCAUAUCCGCAACCACAAGGUGGUCAGGGUGGACAACCCAAGCUGGAGAUCCGAAACCAUGGAGAAAGUUAUCGAGAAAUGCAUACAAUUCCUUCCGGACAUGGACAUUCCCAUGAACAGAUUGGAUCAACCCCGACUGGUCGUGCCUUGGGAAGAUAUGCAAGAGUUACUGCAGAAGGAGUACCUCACUCGCGUCAUGGCGCCCGAGGUCACGGAUAGCUUCACAAAGGAUCAACCGGAGCUCCUGGAUAUGAGCAUCGAAGACAAGGAACUCGACCACUCCACCAGGCUGAGUGAAGACUGGAUAUUUGCUGCCGGUCAGCAGUACAUGAACCUCGCAGCCAAAGGCUGUCCUCCAGAAUCCCCCGCACGGGCGGAUAUGACUGUCGCGGAGGCAGAUUCUCUGUACAAAGAGCCCACGCUUGGAUUUGUGAAGAAUUUUAAUCUCUCGACCGACUUGUGCACAGUGGGUCCGACUAUCCAAGAUUUACACGGCAUGUUGUAUUCAGCAAGCAGCAUCAUCGCCUCUCAAAAGCUGGUACCCAUCUUCGGCGAAUGCAAGGUUAGCGUCAACAACGACAUUCUCUUCCCAGCAAACAUGUACUAUCAGCAUGAUGACCGAUAUGACUACAAUGGAGAGGAAGAUCUUGAUUGGCGAGACAAGCUCGAUAACACCAUUUGGCGCGGCGUCACUUCUGGCGGUGUCCAGCUGGAGGAUAACUGGGAGAGAAUGCAUCGACAAAGGCUUGUUCAGCUUUUGAACGGCACGCAUUUGCUCAUGACCGGGAAAGAGGUCAAAGCUCUAACCGAAAAGGACGAUGGACCGGGCAAGGUGAACACUACCUACGAGCUUUAUGAUCGAUUCAAGCCAUCGCAGUUUGCUGAUCGCCAUAGCGAUAUCGGUUUUACUGAACCAAUGUCCUGUCUCCCGAAUUGUUCAUUCUACGACAGCGUUUUCUCUUGGAAGCCACAAGUCCCGCUCACUGCGCAGUUUAAAUCGAGAUACUUGAUCGACGUCGAUGGACAUUCAUUCUCUGGCCGAUGGCACGCCUUCCUCCAGAGCAAGAGUCUCGGGCUCAAAGCUACUAUCUUCCGCGAAUGGCACGAUAGCCGCCUACUAGCAUGGCGACAUUUUGUUCCGGUGGACAACCGAUACGACGACAUCUACGGAGUUCUGACAUACUUUAUUGGAUAUGGCAAACCCUAUAAACAGCAUGCCGAGGAAGGCGAAGAUCCGAAUCCGCGCGUCUUCAUUGCCAGGCAUGACAGAGAGGCCCAGACCCUCGCCAAACAGGGACGCGAAUGGGCAAACAAGGUGCUCAGACGAGAGGAUAUCGAGGUGUACAUGUUCAGGUUACUUCUGGAGUAUGGACGUUUGAUUGACGACAAUCGCGACUUUAUUGGUUACUCCGGCGAUGGUAGUGAGUUGGACAAAUUCGAUGGGGGUGAAGAGGACGAAAGCCGCUGGGGGUUUGGAGGGUGGUGA